AUGGCAUCCGACGCUAGAGAAGACGCGGCGCGCAUCGAUGAGUCUGGCAAACAAUUCAUCGAAACUCAAACCCCCAUCUACAACCCCCUAGAGACGGUCUCCUCGACCGAUCUCUCGGUAGGCGCAAUACUCAAGGGGAAAGCGGCCAAUCCGCUCACCAAGUUCGAGAAAAAGGCCGCUCUCAUCAAUGUCGAGAUCGACAACUUCGGGCUCGGCAGAUACCAGAUAUGCAUAUGGUUCCUCUGCGGCUUCGGCUACUUCCUUGACCUGGCCUGGUCGCAGGGUGUAGGCCUGAUAGCGUCGGCCGUCUAUCAAGAGAUGAACGUUGCGCCCGCUCGUCAAGGAGACCUCUUCGCAUGCGCAAACGCCGGUCUGGCUGUGGGAGCCCUGACUUUCGGACUGCUUGUGGACAUUAUCGGGAGGAAGUGGGCUUUCAACCUUACGUGUUUGAUCACUUCAGUGUUCGGACUGAUCUUGGCUGCUCCCAAGUACAACUACGGCGCCGUCUGCGGGAUCUACUUCCUCGCGUCACUUGGUCUCGGAGGCAACAUCCCCAUUGACGCCACCAUUGCCCUUGAGUUUCUCCCCCAGAGUCGGCGCUUCCUGGUGCCGCUUCUGUCAAUGUGGCAGCCCAUCGGCGUUGUUGUCGCAUCCGGUAUCGCCUACGGCACUGCCGCGAAAUGGCGUUGCGAUAUCGAGUUGCCCUCGUGCAAAGCUGUCGGCGCCGGAGAAGCUUGCUGCACCGUCGACAGCAACAUGGGGUGGCGUUACGAACUCAUCGUUCUCGGCUGUAUGACUUUGGUUGUGUUCUUUCUCCGCUAUGUCGUCUUCACCUUCCAUGAGUCCCCGAAGUUCCUGCUCAGUAGAGGGAGAGAAGCCGAGGCAAUUGAGAUUUUGCACAAGAUUGCCAAGUUCAAUAGCGCUCCGCCUCCUACUUUGACCCUGGAAAUGUUUGCCGCGAUCGAUGGCACGGACACGCCGACCUUGGAGAGCGACAUUGUACCUGCAACUGGUCCACAGACGCGCAAGGAAACAGCCAAGACAGUCUGGAAAGGCUUCUUGAAAGAGCUUGCCCGCUUAAAAGGCAUUUUCACGAAUAAGCUACAAUGUUUCAUCUUCAUACUCCUGGCUAUCGCCUACAUGGGCGACUACUGGUCCUUCAACCUCGCAGGGGCCUUCCUACCAAUCAUCCUGCUCAAGAACAACGUCUCCAGAGGCCGAGGCACCGUAUCUGACACGUACCUACAGUACAUCAUCAUCUACACUCCCGGCAUACUCGGUGCAGUCUUCGCCCUGGUCUCGGUUCAGAUGCCCCUGCUUGGACGCAAGUGGUCCCUUGUCUUCUCCGCCCUUUGCCAGGGCGUCUCCAUGGCCCUGUACACGCAGGUCAGGACUACUGCCGGCUACGUCGGCCUUAACGCUCUGGAGUACAUCAUGCAGACGUACUUCAACGCCGUUCUGUACGCAUCGGCGCCCGAGCUUUUCGAUACGAGUUACCGCGGCAGUGUCAGCGGUAUGCUGUCGUGCUUGGGGAGGAUAGCUGGUAUCGUCGCGCCGUUUGCUGGGGCGAGCUAUCUUGCUGACUAUAGCUCGGGGAUUCUAUGGCUUGGGGCUGGUGGGAUUUGGCUGGCUGCGUUUGUCAUGGUUUUCUUGCCUGUCGAGAUGAGGAACCGGCAGAUGUUCUAG